CAAUCAGCUGCUCUUAGUUGUUGAACUUAUAAAUUAUUUAAAUUUUAGUGUUUUAAUUAAAACCUGCAUAAAUAAAACACCGCUCUAUAACCAAUGAAUACCCAACGUCCUUGCGGUUGCAAAGGUGUACGCACCUGUCUACAAUGUGAAAAAGACUUUAACAUACAAAAACCAUCACUAAUUGAACAACUCAAAGCACUACAAGCAUUCUCGUUUUGUCCCUUGUGCGAGCGCCUAUUUGAAGGUUGGAACCCAUUUGAAGUGCGUGAACAACAUCCAGCACACAAUGGCAAUGAAGGAUUGCCGUUUCCUGGCAUGUUUGUGCAAGAGCAGUUUUUGAAAACACAUGAAAGUGAGGAGUUAAUGGAAAAUUUAGAUGCGUUGCCGUGGGACAUAUCACAAAGUGGUCGGCGAAAGCAAAAUUUUGGACCAAAAACUAAUUUUCGUCAACGUAAACUAAAAAAUGGUAGCUUCAAUGGUUUUCCAGCUAGUACACGUUUUAUACAACAACGCCUACGUGAGUUGCCGUUGUUGCGCGACUUUCAGACCAUAGAACAAUGCUCUCUAGAGUAUGAGCCCACAAAGGGUGCCUCCAUUGAUCCACAUGUAGAUGAUUGUUGGAUUUGGGGAGAACGCGUGGUGACUGUGAAUUGCCUCGGUGAUGCAGUGUUGACGUUGACCUCUUUCGAUGCUACCAUAAAUCCACAAAAAUAUAAUUUGGAUUUGGUGUCAGAGUAUGAGAAGCAAUUACUGUUACCGUUGAUGGAAGUGAAGGAAUUAGAAUUAUUCAAAGAUAAAGUUAUACGUGUAGCGAUGCCGAACCUAUCACUCAUGGUAAUGUACGGCCCUGCACGCUACCAAUUCGAGCAUGCAGUUUUGCGUGAGGACGUGAAAACCAGGCGUGUGUGUAUUGCUUAUCGUGAAUUUACGCCAAUGUAUAUUGACGGUGAAGACAAGGAGAAAGGAAAUGAAGUAACACAGAAUGCACAAAAUUUCUGGACGGACACCAACAAUGCAAUUACAGAAGUAAUUUAGUAAAUUGUAUUUUUCUUAAUUUUUAGAAAUAAAUGUACAUUUUAACUGAAUUAUAGUUUCAUAAAUAAACAAA